GCGUGGCCUCGGAAGAGUGACUCCGCGCGCCACCCAUGCUGACGCCGCAACCCCCGACCUCCGGGGAGCUUGCGCGCGGCGCUCGCCCACUGAGCUCUCUGCACGUACGUACGUCGACGGUCAGCGCCCUCGCGUUUCCAGACACGAUCACUCCGCCUAUAAAUCCACGCGCCCCGCCGGACGCAGAUCACACAGCAAGAAGAAAAAUUCAACUCCGGCACUGUUAAGCUGCACGGCACUCCUGUACCCAGUAGCCCCAUCCACAGCCACGUCCGAUCGAUCGCCAUGGCGCAGGCGGAGAGCGAGCGCAUGCGCGUGGUCAUGUUCCCGUGGCUGGCGCACGGCCACAUCAGCCCGUACCUCGAGCUGGCCAGGCGCCUCAUCGCCAGCGCCUCCGACGGCCACCACCUAGACGUCGUCGUCCACCUCGUCUCCACGCCGGUCAACCUCGCGCCCCUCGCGCACCACCAGACGGACAGGCUCAGGCUCGUGGAGCUCCACCUGCCGGCGCUCCCUGACCUCCCGCCCGCGCUGCACACCACCAAGGGCCUCCCCGCCCGCCUCAUGCCCGUCCUCAAGCGCGCCUGCGACCUCGCCGCGCCGCGCUUCGGCGCGCUCCUCGACGAGCUCUGCCCGGACAUCCUCGUCUACGACUUCAUCCAGCCGUGGGCGCCGCUCGAGGCCGAGGCGCGCGGCGUCCCGGCGGUCCACUUCGCCACCUGCGGCGCCGCCGCCACGUCGUUCUUCAUCCACUGCCUCAAGACGGACCGGGCCCCCAGCGCCUUCCCGUUCGAGAGCAUCAGCCUCGGCGGCGCCGACGAGGACGUCAAGUACACGGCGCUGGUCGCCGUCCGCGAGGACAGCACCGCCCUGGUUCCCGAGCGCGACCGCCUGCCGCUCAGCCUGGAGCGCUCGUCCGGGUUCGUGGCCGUCAAGUCCUGCGCCGACAUCGAGCGCAAGUACAUGGACUACCUGUCCCAGCUCUUGGGCAAAGAGAUCAUCCCCACCGGCCCGUUGCUCGUCGACUCCGGUGGGUCGGAAGAGCAGCGCGACGGCGGGCGCAUCACGCGGUGGCUCGACGGCGAGGAGCCUGGCUCCGUGGUGUUCGUCUCCUUCGGCAGCGAGUACUUCAUGUCGGAGCGCCAGAUGGCGCAGUUGGCGCGCGGGCUGGAGCUCAGCGGGGUGCCCUUCCUGUGGGCGGUGCGGUUCCCGAACGCAGAGGACGACGCCCGCGGCGCGGCGAGGUCCAUGCCGCCGGGGUUCGCGCCCGCGCGCGGGCUGGUGGUGGAAGGGUGGGCGCCGCAGCGGCGCAUCCUGUCGCACCCUUCCUGCGGCGCGUUCCUGACCCACUGCGGGUGGAGCUCGGUGCUGGAAUCGAUGGCGGCGGGGGUGCCGAUGGUGGCGCUGCCGCUGCACAUCGACCAGCCGCUGAACGCCAACCUCGCGGUGGAGCUGGGCGCGGCGGCCGCGCGCGUGAAGCAGGAGCGGUUCGGGGAGUUCAUGGCGGAGGAAGUGGCGUGGGCGGUGCGCGCGGCUGUGAAGGGGGAGGAAGGGGAGGCGGCGAGGCGCCGCGCGAGGGAGCUGCGGGAGGUGGUGGCGCGGAACAACGGCGACGGCCGGCAGAUCGCGACGCUGCUGCAGAGGAUGGCGCGGCUCUGCGGCAAGGGCCAGGCCGUGCCAAAUUAGUGGGCCUUUUAAAAUGUUUUUGGUCGAAAAUGAAAUGCGUCUAACAAUAUGUUAAUGCAUGUCAACAAAAAUUAUAUCAUUCGAUUUGUAUUUGAACAUAGUUUGUAAUGACAUAACUUUUUGUGACAUGCAUGAAAUUUUGUUAGUUAAAUUUACGUUCUAAAUUUGGCAUAAAAUAUAAUGAGAGCCAAUAAACCAGGACAAAGGUAGUAGC